UGCAGCCAGUUGUCCGCGGAGAGCCGAACAGAUACACUGGUCGAGAAAUAUACGACGCAAUUUAUUUCACGACAAUGAAGUAUCACAAACAUGCCAGUGAUUCUGUAUUUUGGUAUCUAAACGACUUGGGGAGUCGAGUGGUCGCUAACACUGGUAUACCCUCAGACAGACAUCAUCUCGGCAAACUCAUUCUGCAAAGUUUUAAAGAUGCACCCGACUUUAUUAUGCAGAUCGACGGUGGUACCGGUAAAUCCGACACAUUCCAAGAUGCACUUCAGAGAUCAGUCGCUUGCGCGAAUGCUUUCCGAGCGAUAGGAUUGAAACCCGAUGACGUCAUUGUCUUAAUGGCACCCAACUACAACGACCUGGCCAUAUCUGCAUAUGCUGCACUAUAUUUAGGGAUAAUUGUUGCCGGUGUUGAUAUGACAGUUGGAAUCAAGGAACUUGAAGAUACUUUUACGACUACAUCACCUAAAGUAAUAUUUUGUGCAAGUGAAAAAGCCGGAGACGUCGCAGAAGCAUUGAGCAAUAUUAAGUUAGAUGCUAAAAUUGUUACAUUAAACACUGAAGAGAAACAUACCGGUUUUUCUGAAUUCAUCGCAGAAUACGGUAAAGGUUUACCAGCGGAAGAAUUCAAAGCUGUAGAUCUUGAUCCAGAGAAGAGUUCCUGUUGGUUGCUUGCAACAAGCGGUACAACAGGAGCACCUAAAUAUGCCACAUUAACUCAUACAAAUAUUAUUAUGGGAUUCCCUUAUCUGUGGAUAAUGAGUUCUACGUUUCCAACGCCGUAUGAAAGUGCUUUAGUAACGUCUCCCGUACAAUGGCUGUCGGCGGUGUUCAUGUUAGUUUUGUCGCCAAUUUUAAGAUUCACUCGAAUACAAUCCUCAUUGCCUUCCACAAGGGAACAUGCGUAUUUCUUGAUUAACAAAUACAAGCCCAAAUAUGGGAUAUUUAGUCCCCCAAUGGCAACUACGCUAACGAAGCCUGAAGAAUGUGACAAAUGCGACUUCACCUGUUUCAAAGCAUUACUGCUCGGUGGUAGUGCCGUUUCACAAACUCUGUUCCAAAAUAUGCAGAAAAUUGCAACUAAAGCUGAGGUUUACGUGGUAUAUGGUUUUAGUGAAAUAGGAAGUUUUGCUUUUAAUUUUAUUUCAUCAGCUCCGGGCUCAGUGGGCAGGCCUUUGGGAUACCUUCAUUACAGAUUAAUCGAUCCGGACACUCAAGAAGAUAUAUUGAUACCGAAUAAAACGGGAGAACUUUGGGUGAAAGGACCUGUCACGUUCAAAGGAUAUUACAACAAUCCUGUAGCAACAGCAGAAACAUUUAUGGAAGACAAAUGGAUAAAAUCCGGAGACCUUUUCUAUAGAGACGAAAACUGGAAUUAUUUCUUUGUCGAUCGUUUAAAGAUGCUUCUCAAAUAUCGCAAUCAUCAAAUAUCUCCUACAGAAGUAGAAUCGGUCAUCAUCAAGCAUCCAGGAGUCCUGGACGUGGCAGUGACAGGGAUCCCGGACGAGGAAUGCGGGGACCUGGCCGUCGCAUGCGUUGUACCUCAAACAAACUGCACACUAUCCGCACAGGAGAUAAAAGAUUUAGUUAAAGAAUCACUAACGGAUACCAAACAACUGAGAGGAGGAGUUAUUUUCAUGAAACAACUUCCUUUGACUUCGACUUCCAAAGUGAAUAGAGCCGUGCUGAAGAAGAUUGUUAAAGAUAUGGAGAGAGAAUAAAUAGUUAAUAUUAACAAUAAAAGCGAGGAGGAAAACAGGAAAAGCCUAAAUUUUGUACUAUUUAA